AUGACGGCAAUUUUCAUUCAAGUGAAAAACCGUCGGGAGGGACUUGCUGAAGGACCGUUAUUGGAGGCAAUGGUGGAGCAGGUACGUCUGGAGCCAUCUACGGUAUCAGCGGACGGCUGUCACUUCUGGUUAUUACAACGGGCUAGGCAACGCACUAGGCGACCCCUGAGUGUAAAUUGUGCGUCAUUCACCUUCGGAAGCCUCUUUCAUAGGUUCCAACAGAGUGUCGUGGCUUUGUUAACAAGCCUUUUGAACGACACUGUCCAUCUCAUGACUUCCGUGGAUCAUGGUCGUAAGCCAGAAGAGCAACUACGAGUGGAAAAGACCUUUUAUGAAAUGAUUACCAAACUGCCAGAUUAUGUUCCUGCCCGCCCUCUUGAUCCAUCUGGUCAUGAUUGCGAGUCUGGAGAAGCCAAGCGCGCCAGAAUGAUCAAUGAGUCAGUCACGCCUAACCCACCUCACGCCUAA